AUGAAGUUUCUCGCGGUGGUAGUGAUUGUGAUGGUGGUGAAAACAAUUUUAGCUUCUAUAGCUCCUCCUGGAUCGUGUCCUCCAGCGUGUAUGUGUAAAUGGAAAGGUGGAAAACAAACUGUGGAGUGUGUGGAUCGCGCUCUUAUUACCGUUCCUGAGCCAGUUGACCCUGCUACACAAGUGCUUGAUUUAUCAGGAAACAAUUUACAAAUUCUCCCUCAGGAGGCAUUUGCGAAAACUGGACUCGUUAAUCUUCAACGUGUAUACCUUCGUAGUUGUAAUAUAGGCCAAAUAAAUGAUAGGGCAUUUAAAGGCCUCACUAAUUUAGUAGAAUUAGAUCUCUCUCAUAAUUUACUUACACAAAUACCUUCAAAUAGUUUUAAAGAUGCGCCAUUUCUGAGAGAUCUUACACUCGCAAAUAAUCCUAUUUUGAAAAUUCAUUCGGAUGCGCUUAAUAAUCUUGGCAGCAUUGUUAAGCUUGAUUUGGCAGGAUGUGACAUAAGAGACAUAGCAGCUGAUGUAUUCAGAAAUUUACAAUCAUUAGAGUCAUUAAAAUUAAACGCAAAUAAUAUUAGAGAGCUGCCUUUAAGUUCAUUGGAAAAAUUAGAGAAAUUGCGAGUUAUUGAUUUGUCCGAUAAUCCUUGGACGUGUGAUUGUCGACUUCGCGACCUUAAGAUGUGGUUAUCAAAACAUAAAUUAUUUUCUUCCCCUACGUGCGCCUCCCCGACUCGUUUAGCAAAUAAACUAUUCUCUGAGCUAACACUGGACGAAUUCGCUUGUAAGCCAGAAAUUUUACCAGUAAGCAGGCAUGUCGAAGCAGCUGUAGGUGAAAAUUCAACAGUAGUAUGUAGAACGGAGGCCAUGCCAAGUGCAAAUAUUAACUGGUAUUGGAAUGGGAGAUUGUUACAAAACGGGACCAAUUUAAACUCUCACCAAAGAAUUUAUAUUUUUGAAGCGGGCGAGUACAAGAAAAAAUCGACGCUUAUUCUUACAAAUACACAAGAAUCAGAUUCAACAGAAUUUUAUUGUGUUGCCGAAAACAAAGGAGGCAAUGCGGAAGCUAACUUUACAGUUCAUGUCACUCAAAUUGCAGCUGGAAUGGCGUCUCUAGGAAGCGCUCAAAUAGCAAGUCUUGGAGCAGCUUUAUUCUUAGUGAUUAUUUUAAUCUCCUUAGGAUUGCUUAUAACGUUUGUUCGAAUACGUCCUUCUCAUAAUUGCGAAAGUAAAACGCCAAAUACAUUAGACAGAGUAGUAUCUGGUAAUGAAGUUCAUCCUACUGUAACGGACAGACCACAUGUGGCUGUUUUAGCAAGCAGGCAAGAAUCACCAAAUUAUGAUGAUGCUAAAUGUAAUCCUGUUCUAAAACCGCAAAGAACGAACGAUAUACCCUAUACAACAAAUCAUUAUGAAGGUCGAGGUAGCUUAGUCACAAGUGGAGGGCCAAUUGUGGUUUCACCAACUGUAUCAGGAGGAAUAGACCCCGAUCUUAUUAACGAUACAAGACCUGAUAGUGUUAACCGUCCAGGAAGCGGAGAGUAUGCGAGAGAAGCUUCUGAUUCUUUGUAUCCCUCAGGUCUCUGGGAUCAAAUUAAAAUGAACCAGGCUAAUAAUUUGGCACGCGCCAUAAGCUCAGCAAUUCCAGCUUAUUAUAACGAUCGAACUCCAAUAAUUGAAAAUACCAGUGUUAAUGGAUCGCAAGAAGAAUUAGGUUACAUGAGCCGCACUUUCCCUCGAUCGCACGCAAUGACUGUGGCUAGCACUGCGGACCCUCCAUAUCCGGCCGAUUACGGAUUGCCAGUGGGCGGAGCACGAACGCUACGUGUGUGGCAACGUGCUCCGCCAGUAUUACCGCCAGUGUCUGCUCUCAAACGCGUCCUCACCAUUACGAGGCCCUCUGAAGACCGAUAUCAGGAUGGCUGUGCUACUGAUGUU